CUUCCUCCAGCCCUCUAGCCCUCUAAUCCUCCAGCCCUCCCCUCCUCCAGCCCUCUAACCAUCCUACCCUCCCUUCCUCCAGCCCUCUAAUCCAGCCCUCUAACCCUCCUACCCUCCCUUCCUCCAGCCCUCUAAUCCAGCCCUCUAACCCUCUAACCCUCCAGCCCUGGCUGUAGCCCUGGAGUUCUGGGGACGAGGGUAUUGCCUUUUUAGGAGACACCUGAUCGCAGCCCAGUGCCACUACACACACACAGAGGCUUCUGAUAAAGAUGUGUGUGUCCUUGUGUAUUAGACUGAGUGAGAGAGAGUGACUGGUGAUUAGGCUGAUAGAUGAGCUCAGAGCUAUGGGGGUGGGGACUGGACUGCUACCAUUCACAGUUAAAAAGAGAGAUCCAACCACGACCCCAUCCAGUUUAGGAAGGACACACCACUAGACCAUUAGAUUACCAGACCAGAGAGCAACACAGCGUGUGACAGCGUCGGAGACCCUUAUACGUCCCCUGAAGGUAGGUGGACCAGACAGACAGUGGACUUAUUUUGUUUGCCAGCAGGCUGAGGAGAAGCUCUGUCUGUUUAACCAGAGGAACACUAUCUCAGGCUUCUAGAAGCUCCGUCUGUUUAACCAGAGGAACACUAUCUCAGGCUUCUAGAAGCUCCGUCUGUUUAACCAGAGGAACACUAUGUCAGGCUUCUAGAAGCUCUGUUUGUUUAACCAGAGGAACAAUAUCUCAGGCUUCUAGAAGCUCUGUCUGUUUAACCAGAGGAACACUAUCUCAGGCUUCUAGAAACUCUGUCUGUUUAACCAGAGGAACACUAUCUCAGGCUUCUAGAAGAGGACUAUAGUAUCUUGGGAGUCAGACUGUUUCUGAGAGACUCUGUCUACCUGGAGCCUGUGUCCUCUAUAACCCGUAGAGACUGUCUACCUGGAGCCUGUGUCCUCUAUAACCUGUAGAGACUGUCCACCUGGAGCCUGUGUCCUCUAUAACCCGUAGAGACUGUCUACCUGGAGCCUGUGUUCUCUAUAACCCGUAGAGAGACUGUCUACCUGGAGCCUGUGUCCCCCCCAGUCGGUAUAGAGAAGGACUGAACUAGUCUUCCUGUUGAAACCUACAUUACAGUCCUUUGUUUUAGUCCGGGUUGGUGGGCAUCUUGAACCCUAACCCUCAUGGAGAAGUUCCAGGCUGGUAUGGUCCUAGCGGGGGUGGGGGACGCCCUGGGCUACCGUAAGGGCCGCUGGGAGAGCUGCCCCUCUGGGCCACAGAUCCAGGAAGAGCUGGCCUCUCUGGGGGGCCUUGGGGCUCUGAAACUGAACCCUGACAACUGGCCCCUCAGCGAUGGAGCCCUGAUGCACAUGACCACCGCGGAGGCCCUCAUCACAGACUACUGGUGUUUGGAAGACCUCUACAGGGAGCUGGUCAGGGUGUAUGUUGAGGCCAUGGUGUCUCUCCAGGGUCGCCCUCCUGACCCAGUCACCGUGGAGGGAUGUGCUCACCUCAAACCCAACAACUUCCUGCUGGCCUGGCACACGCCCUUCAAUGAGAAAGGUUCUGGGUUUGGAGCAGCCACCAAGGCCAUGUGUGUGGGGAUGAAGUACUGGCAGCCUGAGAGGAUAGACAACCUAGUGGAGGUCAGCAUUGAGACGGGGCGCAUGACCCACAACCACCCUACAGGUUUCCUGGGCUCUCUGACCACGGCUCUGUUUGCGUCGUACGCGGUGCAGGGCAAACCGCUGGUGACCUGGGGUCGCGACCUCAUGAAGGUCCUCCCCAAGGCCGAGGAGUACUGUAAGAAGACCAUACGCCACAUGGCAGAGUACCAGGAGAAGUGGUUCUACUUUGAGGCUAAGUGGCAGUUCUACCUGGAGGAGAGAGGCGUGGAGGAGGAGGGGCAGAACAAGCCACUGUUUCCUGACACCUACAACGCUGAGGAGACAGACAAGGUGUAUAAGCGCUGGAGCUCAGAGGGCCGGGCUGGACGGAGGGGUCAUGAUGCUCCCAUGAUAGCCUACGAUGCUCUCCUGGCCUCAGGCUCUGACUGGACCCAGCUCUGCCGCCGCGCCAUGUUCCACGGAGGGGAGAGCAGUGCCACAGGGCUGAUAGCAGGCUGUCUGUACGGUCUCCUGUUCGGCCUGUCCCAGGUCCCUGAAGGGCUGCACCAGGAUGUGGACCGACGCACGCGGCUGGAGGAGCUCGGAGCCGAGCUGUACAAGGCAGCCUCCGCAGAGAGGAGCACAGAAAAAGCAGAGAGAGCAGUGAAUGCAGGGCCAUCAGGCCUCAUUGUGGACACCAGCGCCCUGAAGAAGCUGGUUUGGGACCGGACGACCCGCCCGGAGCUCAGAGGGGUUCUGGAGAGCCUGCUCCACUACUUAACCCAGGACCUGCCCAGCCGGAGCCCCACCGCGAGGCCCCCUGAGAGGUUAGGGCCGGAGCUCAGUGUGGGGUUGGAGGUGCCCCAGUUCAGCAGGUGUGGAGGUCGACCAGCAGGGGGCGACGUCUCAAGGCGCCUCACCUCUUUCCAGCUUCUCCAGGCCAAGUUCCUGAGGAACACCCACAACCCUCCGCUCACUCACCGCCGGGAGGUGGGGGCUCUGGCACUGUCCUCCAGAGAGGGUAGAGGGGGAGGCUGUGGGAUCAGAGAGACCCAUAGUGGACAGGUUGAGGGCUGCAUUCCCAAAACAGGACGUGGAGUGAGAAAGGGGAACACUGUUAAGGAUGUGCUGGCCAGGUUUUCUGCAGCAACGCAGAAGGAGAGGGGAGGGGCCACACAGGGGGGAGGAGCGUCGAAAAGACCCCGAACGAUCGGCAAGGGGCAGCUACUGUCUGCCAUAAUGGACAAGUUUGAAACCAUGGCGACGGUGCAACGGGGAAGUGACGUGAGUAGCCUGAAGAAAAGCUCUUCUCCUGGUGCCAGCUCACCUGGUAAAGUCAAAGGGACCGGUGGUCGUGUCAAAGAAUUAGUGAGUCGUCAGGAAGAAGAGGGACAACAGUGCUUAGGUCAACCAGGUCAACCCGUCAAAGGUCAGAGUUCAGUGAAGCAGCAGGUUAAGAGUAAAGGCUGGGGACAGCAGAGGAAAGAGAACCCCUCUGGAGUGCAGGGAGGAGAUAGAGGAUCAGAGAAGACAGUAGCUGCUCUGAAGGAUUCACCUCAACACAGAAAAGGGAGGAACUGGAAUCAGAAGGUGAAAGGUCACUCUGUAGUCAAUAAGCAGAUAAGGGGUCCAGGUUCAGAUCAAGAAGCUGAAGGUCAGAUUCAGGAUUCAAUUAAGGAGGUAGAAGUUUGGGGCGCUAACCAACAGGUAGAGAUUCUGGGUAUGAACCAACAGGUAGAGACUCUGGGUAUGAACCAACAGGUAGAGACUCUAGGUAUGAACCAACAGGUAGAGACUCUGGGUAUGAACCAACAGGUAGAGACUCUAGGUACGAACCAACAGGUAGAGAUUCAGGAUACAAACCAAGAACAGAUUGUUAGCUCAGGUCAAAGACUAGAAGGCCAUGGUUCAGAGGUUGACAAGGAGCUAAAGGUUCAGAGUGAAAACAUUGAAGUUAAGGCUUCAGUGGGUCAGGAAGUGGUGGUACAGGCUUCACAUCAGGAGAAUCAGGAUCAAGACAGUGAAGUUGAAGUUUCAGGUCAGGAGGUCAAGGCACAGGUUACAGGUCAGGAGUUCAAGGCACAGGUUACAGGUCAGGAGGUCAAGGCACAGGUUACAGGUCAGGAGGUCAAGACACAGGUUUCAGAUCAGGAAUUAAAGGUACAGGAGCUCAGCUAUGUGCAGGUAGAGCUGCUCUGCUCUGCUGCAGUGGUCCAGUGGUCUCCCCCAGCACCCCAGGUAGAGAUGCCUGAGGUAGAGGCCUUGCAGCCCGGGUACCUGGCAACGCUGCUCCCUUGUCCUCCUGUGUGGGCCCUAGCUUCCUCUGUGGAUCCACCAGCACAGAAAUGCUCAGGGUUAGGGUCCAAAACCAGGACCCUGGAAGGCUCACAUCUCUCCUACCCCUGGAGAAAACAGUACAUGGAUCCACCCCAACCCCGGUCCACCCAGAGAGGCCAGUCCAGAUACCCCAUCCCUAGGGGGGCCCACGGCUCAGAAUCAGAACCAUCGGAACUGGGCCAGGCCCAUAACACCAGCCUCUCACCCCCACCUUCUGAAUCUACGACCCCUGAUGUCAUGACCUCUGUCCCCACAACCCCUGAUCUUGACCUUUGCUUCCUGCCAUCAGCGCCCACAACGUCCAACCAGGAGCCCCGCCCACAUGAAGCCAAAAAGGAAGUAAAUGUCCCUAUGGCACUGCAAAGUGGGGAUGAGGAGGUGACAUGUCAGGAGGGGGAGGGGCAGGGUAGCGCUGAGAUGUCACACAAAGAUGAUGUCAUCACUAUGAGUGGUUCAAGUGUUGCAGAGCCAGAAAGACUACAGACAGAAAAGCAGGAGAGACCAAAGUACAGGACGUUAAACUACGGCGACCCUUCAGCGAAACUGAUUUAUAAACCCAAAAUCAUCCGAUUCACAGAUACCUUUAAUUUCUAAGUCACUCGUUCACUCACUCUGACUUCAGUGAUGCGUCCGUCUGUGGAAGAUAAAAGCUUUCUGAACUUUCUCUCUCCUCACAGUGAAACACAACACACCUUCAAGGUCAUGCUAGCUAUCCCAUGUGUUGCUGUCCUCUGAAAGCUGUGGUGUUGCAGGAAGCAGCCUACGCUCUACAUGUGGUGAUUACUCAGAAGCUGUGUAAUGCUCUAAGUAGAGUAGUGUGUGUGUGCGUGCGUGUGUGUGUGUCGUCCGUACUGUAACAGUGGAAAGACAAACAGAACAGCGGUGUUAAACAUUGACUAAGCCUAAUCUUUAGAAUGGGAUUUUCUUGGAAAACAAUGUGAAGCAAUAAUAUCAGGACUUAAACUGUAGCUAUGACAACCGAGUCAAAUGAACCUCUGCUCUUUAUCAGA